UAGGAAACAUUGAUAUUAGUUAGCCAAAAAUAAAAGGAAUAAAUACACCCAAAGGCAACGCCUUAUUGCAUACAUUUUUCUCCCACCGUUCCACGGAAAAGCCACCAAGUAUGUUGAAACCGAACGCGGAUUCGGGCUAUAUACGCCCGGCGCACGAUAGACUUGGCCUCGUUUGUUCUGGGUCAUUCCUCCAGCUCUCUCUUUUCUAUAUUAUUCACCGUUUGCCCAUUCACAAAGAAGCCGGAUCGUUACUUUCGUUUUGUGUUCUUUGCAUCUACGCCCUUUUCGGUAUUAUUCGACUCCAUCGGCUAGGUUUUUCAGGACUUCUGAUUGUUGGUGUUUGUGCAUUAUUGAGAACUUGAUUGGCUGACCCAGAACAGCUAUGGGCGAAUAUGAAAGAGAUGAAUGUGAGGAGUAUGAAGAUUUGGAUGAAUAUGAGGAAGAAAGCGGUGCAGAGGAGGAAGAAACCCAGCAGCCUCCAGAAGAGUUGUUGGAGUACUUGGAGCUGAGACAACGACUGAAAGAAGGCAUCAGGAAGCAGAUGAAGAAAGAAUUAGGUUCUGCUAAUGGCCUUUCUGGUGAAAUUAAAAAGGCAUUGCCAAGGGACAAGUAAGUAUCAGUAUUGCGUUUCAGAUUUGGAUACCCUUGUUUGUUGUCAAUAUGGUAUCUCCUUGAUAUAGAAUCUAUCAAUUCUGUGAAAUGAAUGUACUCUCACCUACUCUGCUGCGCAAACCGAUGUCAAGUGGAUUUUUGGAUGUCUAUUUAUAUGUCUUCUUUCGAUAUAUGAUUGACAUCCCUCUGCCUGAGUUUCUUUUGAAGCUGUUCACUGUUGAAGAUAAUUAGGACUUCUGCGAAAAAUCUGAUUUCUAGAUUCGUUUGUUUCUAGCUUUCAUGGCAUAGUUGCAAAAAGUAUUGCAGCAUGCCAGGAAAGCUGCGCACAAUAGCCCUGCCCUGGACCCUGCACAUAGCAGGAGCUUCAUGCACCGAGCUGCCUUUCUUUUCUAAUUGCAUGAAAAAGUAUAUCUUACUCCUUUUAAAGAUUUAUUGAUGGGGGUAUACAUUGAUUUCAGUUUUGCAGCUUAUGGUGUUGGUCUUAAUUCCUGUUUCUUUUCCGGCACUUUCAGUUAUGGUUCCUUCUUUGGACCUUCACAGCCUGUAAUUGCUCAAAGAGUAAUCCAAGAAAGCAAGUCACUAUUGGAGAACCCAAAUUUGGUAGCAAAAGUCAUGAAGUCAAACCACACUGUAUGUAUCAAGUUUUAAUUCAUAUGAAGAUGCAUGUGCUUCAGUUUAGUUUUCUUAAUUCUAUAUUUCUUGAAGGUUUGUUAGGUAUCAUCACAAGUACGCUCUUGUAGUGUACAUGCUAAGAGUCUAAGACAACACUUUAGCUUCCACCUUCAUCACAAGUACGCUCUUGUAGUGUACAUGCUAAGAGUCUAAGACAACACUUUAGCUUCCACCUUCAAACUAGGGAAAAUUUGUGAUGUCUAUGACAUGCCAAUAUUGCAUGGUUAAUUGUUGUCAUCUUUAUUGGAGCCUAUGGACAUUGAUGGCACAUACGUACCUUUCCAUUGAUUUCAGUGGCAUACCACAUACUUUAUAUCUGUUGCAUUGCAUUUCUGUUCUUGCAGAACAAUAAGAGCUCUUCAUCAGAACACACAAGAUUAGAAUCUGGUACCAGAAACAAUGCACCGGAAGUCAACAAUGGGUUAAAAACGAAGGUGCAGAUGUUAAGAAAUACAAGAGAUUACUCAUUUCUAUUAUCUGAUGAUGCUGAACUUCCUGUUCCACCAAAAGGUUCUCUACCUCAUAAAGCCGCUGUUGCUAAUUCUGGAGUGUUUUCUGUCGUAGCUGAUCUCAUCAUUUAUUUUAGUGGCUCAGGGUGUAAUCUAUUUAUUCAGAAAACUUAUUAUAUAUUUUUUUUGCUGUACGAGUAGCUUUACCACCAAGCACCAAGCAAUCUUCAAGCAAUACUGGGAGAAAGUUGCGAGAUGAUCAUGUAGUACGGAAACGUAUACUGGGAAGCAGUCAAAUGCCACAUCGACUGUUGAGUCAGAAAUCUGUUUCUGUUAGUAAACAAACUCAACUAGCAUUAGAUUCCAGGAAACAACUGGGUAGCAGUAAAGGGAGUGAGCCUGGCCGGCCUUUGGGAGUGCAGCCCAAAAUCAUAGGUGGUCCAAACGGCAAGAGGGUUUUGACACCAUGCGUAAAGAGCACCGUGCCUGCUUUGCAUAAGUCAACCUCUUCAAAGUUGCAACCUUCUAUUCCAAGGCAAUACUUGGUACCGAAAAAGGAAAUACUACAAUCAGGAAAAUCAAAGGUGAUGCCCCAACAAGCUGAGCCUUCAUACAAACAGAAGCUGAUCAUGCAGAAACAGAGAAUGAAGACCUACUUACCCUUCAUUUUGGUUUGGGUCCUUCUUGGGGGUGGGUGGGGGUUCCAAGGAGUAGUGGUGGUGAUGAAGAAUGCUCAUCUUGAUUGUUGAUUUUAACAGAUAAAGCAACUGCCUCCUAAAAAUGCAAUUCGUUUUUUGGAAGAUAGGCGCCCUGCAAGAAAGCCGAUGAGACAUGAAGAAGAAGAAGAUGGAGCAGAAGCUAUUAGUAUGAUUAGGAGGAUGUUUAGGUAUAAUCCCAACAGGUAUCAAGAUGAGGAUGAUACUAGUGAUAUGGAGGCUAAUUUUGAUGACAUACUGAGGGAAGAAAAACGAAGUGCGAAAAUAGCAAAGAAAGAGGAUGAAGAAGAACUCCGGAAGAUAGAAGAAGAAGAAAGGAGGGAGCGGUUGAGGAAAGAGUCAAAGAAGCGCAAGUUGAGCCAUCAGUGAUGGGAAAUAUGUUUUCCUUGCUUGUUAGAUAGAACUAUAGAGGAUUUGUAUUAUGCUAGCACAAAGUAAAGGGGGCUCGUGGGAAGUUUGUACAGUAAUAUCUCAAUCUCCGCUUGAUUUACCUGUUGAUUUGUAUCUACUGAGCGUUGUGGCUCAUUGCACAAGCACGGUUGCAACAGAGUUUUUAGUCUUCUUGGAGCUGCAAUAAUUUAAAGCUCCUGUUUGUAAGCCAUUUGUGAGAAAAAUCUCAGGUACAUGAGCAUCUGUUGGGUUAUUUGCUACAUUAUUUUCUGCCAUGACAUGUGCUUAUUGGAGUACUUACAUUCGACUUGCGUUAUAAUUCACAUAUUGGUUUCUGAAUUUUUAGUUAUUAUGAAUUAUAAAUCAUUAGUGUUUUAUGCUUAUACUAUUGUUUUUUUGCGUUAGUUUAAUAGUAUAUGCAAGAAAUCUGUUUUUUUUUUUGUCUAGGAAAAAAGUUAUGGAGGGUGUACUUCGUUUCUAAUUUGUUUUUGAAUUUUGAGAAGCUGUUUCUAACAGCGCAUAGUUUGGUGUCAAAUUGUCAAAACUGAGAUGCAAUGAACGUGAGCUAGACGAUAGUUGGGAAGAGGGACUAAGCAAAGAAAGAGAUUUACUCGAAUGAGCUGAAUAAGGAAGCCGAGAAUGUUGGCCGCAUUGUAAAUUUUUUUCUAUAACAAACCAAUUUUAAAUAUCAGUCAAAUUUAACCUAAUUUAAAUCGUUCCAUGUGAAAGCUGAAAUUUCGCAAGUGACGGUUAUGGGGGGCGCUGUAAGCAGUUAAGGAGUGUUUGGGCAUUUUGGAACUUUGGAGCAAAAUCACGUGACAGUAGCAAUCCUCCCACUUAUCAUAGCAAGCAAUUCACGUCUCUCUCUGUCAGAGAGUCCGGGUCGUAUUCGCUACUGUAACAACAAAACACAAACGGACAAAUGAUCACGGAGAUGCUUUCCAUUUCAACCAUCGGCAAAGCUCCUCCUCCUCGGACCAACUUCUCUCCGUCUAAUGGCAAACCUCCUCGAGCUUCCUGCUUCAUUUGUUGCGUUAGGAAGAAUGCAGAGAGUAAUGGCUCAUCUAGUGGACCAUUGCAGUUGGAGUUGGGAAACCAGAGUAGUGAUGAGUACACGUGUAAUACAUCUUCUUAUUUUGUUUUACUGAAUGCCUUCUAUCUAGAUAUCUUGUACUUGAACAAACAACGCAUCUUGGCAAUGGAAGACGAUAGAGUAAAAAGAGAGAGACGUUCAUUGCUCGAUAGAAUCGAGCAACUAGAGAGAAUAAAGCUGAUGUAUACAAGAAAAGGUUAUUUCUCAAUCAGCGCUGAGUUACUACUAAGGAUAGACUCUAUGGUUCUUACCAGUUUGAUUGGCAGCAAGGAGGCAUCAGAGUUUAGAAGGCUGGUCAUGGAUUCAAUAGAUAGUAUAGCUGAUUAUUUCUCACAGAUAAUGCAUAAACAGGACACUGAGCUUCUGGUAGAGCUGCGUCACUUUCCCCAGGAAAAGUCGGGAGACCACAUAAUCCACAUUUGUACUGAAAUGGCACCAGUGGCAUCAGUUGGAUCCUUGGCACCAUAUGUAACCGGAUUAUCUCGUGCCUUGCAAAGAAAGGGAAAUCUGGUUGAGGUUAUCUUACCCAAGUAUGCUAGCCUAAAUUUAAAUGAAGUUCUUGGAUUACGAGAAGUUGAAGCGGAGUUCCAUUCAUACUUUAAUGGUCAACUGCAUGGAAACAGAAUCUGGACUGGGGUUGUCUGUGGCAUUGGAGUGACUUUCGUAGAACCUCUCUACUAUUCAGCAUUUUUCGGCUGUGAGAACAUAUAUGGCUACUCAAAUGAUUUUGAACGAUUCACCUACUUCUCUCGUGUUUCAUUGGAUUAUAUAGUUAAAGCAGGAAAGCAGCCGGAUGUGCUUCAUAUACACAACUGGGAAACAUCUAUUGUUGGUCCACUGUUUUGGGAUGUUUUUGUAAAUCAGGGACUUGGAGGUACCAGAAUAAUGUUGACGUGUCAAAGCUUUGAGUCUCAGUGUGUAGAGCAACCUGAAAAGUUGGCCCUAUGUGGGCUUGAUCCUUAUGGAUUACAUUGUUCUGACCGUCUGCAAGAUAACAACAACUCCCAUCUUGUCAAUGUUUUGAAGGCUGGAGUUGUAUACUCCAACAAUGUUAUCAUAAUGUCAUCCAUGCAAACAAAAGGGCAGAUAAUUCAUGCUAGGAGUCAUGGUCUUGAGUCCACCUUAACCAUACACAAGGACAAGUUAGUAGUUGCUCCUCAAGGAUUCAACAGUUCAGCUUGGGAUCCCUCAGUAGAUAAGUUUCUUCCACAAAACUAUAGUGCAGAUAAUAUGAAGGGGAAAUCUGUCUGCAAAGUCUCGUUGCAGCAGCAUUUGGGGUUGCAGGAGAAAGCAUCCAUUGUUCUUGUAGGAUGCAUCUUCUCAGACAUCUUUAAUAUUGAACUGGAGAACCUCAAGACACUUAUUUGGAUGGCUUCUAGGAGAGGUGUUCAGUUUGUCUUCAUGAGCUCGGCUCAAACUCCUGGUUUGAAUUCGGCAUUGGAAUAUUUUGAGGAGGAAUUCAAGGAUGAAAAUAUGAGAUUCCUUAACAAAUAUGAUGAAACUUUAGCACAUUUAGUACUUGCGGGAUCUGACAUCAUGCUAUGCCCUUCUUUUGAUGAUACAGUACUCCAAAUACCAGUAAGUGGUCUCCGCAAAAUUCUAUCUUUUGUGGACNNCAAUUUCGGGCACUUUGUGGAUGGUGAUGUUGAGGGCACCGAAUUCUCUCGUUAUAUCAAAGAUACCUUCUCCAAUAUGCCCCUAAACCAAGCAAUUGAUGAACUUAACAACCCAUCAAAAUGGGACAAGAAGAUCCUCGAUGCCAUGAUAAAGGAUUUUUCGUGGGAUGCAGAGUGCUGCGACAUUCAUAUCUCUGCAUAUACAGCGAUAAAAAACUUGUAAAGUAGAUUUUCUUUACAUAUUUCACGUAUUCAUCUCUCUGUCCAUGCCGUAGGGUGCCUAGUACAUAUAGUCUAGAGGAUGAUUUUUGUUAACUUAAUAAAAAAUGGACUAAAAUGCGUUUUCUUUCAAUGUUUUAGUCAAUAGGACGGACACAGGGCAUUGCCAAUUCUAAACGAAUAAUUGAUUUUUCUUUCUUGGUGAAUAAUUGAUAUGAAAAAGUACAUCUGAAAAACCUUGUUUUAUUUUAAAAUCUCUUUGACCUGAUACCCAUCCCCUGUCCCCCCCAUUGCUGCUAGCAAUAAAUCAUUUUGCGUCUUUAUUUCUACAUAAAAUAUGCCUUUUUACUGUUGCUAACCAUUUCGAGUUUCAGCACUGAUAGUCUGAUACUGAGGUUGGUGGACUGAAAUAAAUAAAUCUUGCAGGCCCAACAUUGAAAGCUACAUAUAGCAGUGUCGUCAACGUUGAAAUUAUUAUACCCUAACUAACCAUCCACCAAAAGGUUAUGUCCUUUUCUCCAUUUUAAACAUCUAAGAUAAGAGCAGUCAGUCUCAUGCACCAUCAAAUUCACUUCUUGGUUUCGAGUUUGUUAGAUUUAUCGAGGCGCUCUAAUUUCACUAUUUGUGUUUCAAUUUUUUUUGUCAUAAUUUAAUUUGAAAGGAAAGAAAUAUUUUUUUAAAAAAAAAUAUGUAGACCUAAAACAUAUCAUAACAUUUUUGUGGCAUAUCAAUAUUUUAGUGACAUUUGCAUGACUAAAAGAAAGCUUUGUAAGAGGAAAUUUAUUUCCAAAAUAGAGGGGUAUGCCAUUUUCUUGGCUUGAACUAAUAAGAAAAUUGUGUUAGACAAAUUGAAACACAAAAAGUUAUAAUA